UCAUAUCCUACUCUAUCUUUAAGAACAUAGUUUAAGAUUUAAGUCUUAAGGUAGACACACUUCGAUCUGUUUCAUUUGAAGAGUUCCAACUCUAUAGUGGGACAGUCUUCGGACUGUGGCGACACUGAAGACCAGCAGCAGCAGUACGAGUGCCGGGAACAUGACUUUUGACAGAAAACACGACCCGCCGCAAACUAAAUAUUUGAAAAGGUCAGCGAAACCAAAAACAAAAACAAAAACACAAAAGCACCACUGGUGGCGUCUCCAGAUGGGGAGAGAAAAACCUUGUCCAAAGUCAAAGUCAAGUAUACACUCGGCAUGGGUCCGGAGCUGCGUGAGAGAUUGUGGAUGUGGGGCAGAUGAUAUAAAGAAUGCUCCGGAGCAAUCUGCGGCUAGUAGCCACCAGGGCUGAGUACCGUGAAGAACACCGAACCUAAGAUGCGACUCCUAAUUGCUUUUUUGGGCCUCGGACUGAUGGCCGUGCUCCAGGCGGCGCCCCUCGAGGUGGUCUAUACCGGCGAGAGCUGUGCCUGCCCCACCCAGUUGGGCUACCAGCUAAACGUUCCCAAUCCCCCCAAGCCCAAGAAGUACGCCGCCAACGACUACGGCUAUAGGGUGGAGAAGCCCGUCCAGACCAAGGCCAAGAUCAGCUAUAGCUUUGACUUUACGGUCGAACAGCCACGGACUCCGGCUCCACCCAAGUCCAAUCCGGCCAAGCUCUAUGCCAAGGUGGAUCGGGUGACAGUCAACAAGGCGGAUUGCCAGGCCAAGAACAAGGAGACCUGCGGAUGUUCCAGCUGCUCCGCUCAGAAAUCCAGGUACGUAGCCCCUUCGGCCAGGUCGUCGAAUGCCAUCCGCCGGCGUAGGGAUCUCCGCCAGCCGGGAUCACUCCUCCGCCGAAGAAUGAUGCGACAGCAACAGCUCCAGGAGCGACCUCCGCGCUACGUGAAGCUCUACCACAAGGACCUGUCCGCCCAGCAGCAACUGAAACAGAAAGUAAAGCAGAAGCCCCAGAAAGUAAAGCUCUUUGGGCUGAUUCCAGUGGAAUCCCCUCAAGAAGCCCCACCGACCAAGCGGAAGACCAAGAAAACCCCCGCCGGAUUUUUCGGUUUGGGUCAUCGCUUGAGGAAACGGGACAUCAAAGGAGAGUACGAUCUCCUGGAGCAGGAACGAUCCCAGAUAGAUCUCACGGCGCCGGAGAUAAUACAGUUUAUGCCGGAAACCCUGAAUCCGGACUUUAAGCCCGGACAGUGUCAUACUGGCUGUGGGGCAAUAACGUCGUCCGCCCCCCCGCCGGAGGAGACCUCAACGCCCAGGGACCAGGCGGAAGCCGAGCAGACAGAGACCCCGGAGCCGGUGAACUCCAUACCCUCAAAGAGAUCUGCCCUGAGCUAUUACCCCCUCCAGAUACCCUCCCCGCUGAGCUAUCAGCACGAGGACUACAAGUUCGUGGACGACUCGCAGUUGCGGAGUCUGCUGUCCACCACAUCCGUGCCGGAUCCACUGCAUCUCAGCUCUACGCCCCUGCAGUUUGCCGGAGAUCUGGAGUCGGUUACUCGACGCGGCUACGGAGCUCCGGUUCUGGGUCUGGGCACUGGCUACCCCGUGGAGCAUGUUUCCGACUCCCAGCUAGACAGAAUCAUCUCCGGCAUUGUGUACAGCCAUCCGAGCUAUCAGUACGGAGCCGAGGGUGCGGAGGGUGCCCUGGUGGACCCGGAGCCGGUGCAAAAGCGGCAGACCACCGACUUCCUGAGGAAGCUCAUCGACGGCCGGCUGGGAGGCUGGGGAUUCGAUGCCUCUCCGGAGCCGGAGCAUGCCCUCCGGGCGGACUACUCCACCAGGCCGGCCAAGACCUACGGCUACAACAGCCAGAGCCAGAACGGAUACAGUAUUGAUACCUACAACGUUCCACCCAUCACGGAUUACCUGAGGGCCUGGUUCUAAGCUCGCGAAUAAUUCGUUAGAUUCUUCUAAGCCAGGCCAUUAUUAAUUUGUAGAUUUAGUUAUUUUGUUAGAAGAAAGCUGAGGAGAGUGGGAUGAAAUAGAAUAUAAUGUACAUUGAAAACAAA